AUGACCAUGAGCUCGAUGGCCGAGACCCUGCUGGGCUCCGACCCGUCCAAAGCCGCGUUCCUGGAGCUCGGGCCCCCCCAGCACUACCCCCCCCUGCACGCGCUCCCCCCCUCCGGCCACCCCCAGCACGACCCCCCGCCCUUCCCCUCCUCCUACGGCCGCCCCGGGCCCUUCCCCUACCCCGGCGGGGCCCCCCCGCACCCCCACGGGGGUCCCUUCCUGCCCUACGCCCCCCCCGGCGCCCCCCACGCCCCGUCCCCCGGGGCCAGGCUGCAGGACACAGAGCCCGAGAAGCCCCCGGCCGUGGCCAGCGGCGAGCUGCGGCCGGGCGGGAGGGCCAAGAAGCUGCGGAAGCCUCGGACCAUCUACUCGAGCCUGCAGCUGCAGGCGCUGAACCAGCGCUUCCAGCAGACCCAGUACCUGGCGCUGCCCGAGCGCGCCGAGCUGGCGGCGCAGCUGGGGCUCACCCAGACCCAGGUGAAGAUCUGGUUCCAGAACAAGCGCUCCAAGUACAAGAAGAUCCUGAAGCAGGGCCCGAGUGUCCCCGACGGGGAGCAGCACCCCCAAAGCGCCCCCGCCCUGUCCCCCUGCUCCCCCGGCCUCCCCUCGCUCUGGGACCUCCCCGGGCCCGGCAAGGGGCCCCCGCUGGCCCCCGGGGGCUACAUCAACCCCUUCGGAGCCUGGUACCAGCCGCACCCGCAGGACGCCAUCCCCGGGACCCCCAUGAUGUGA